GUGACAUCAUCUUUCCUUUAACAGGACUGGAUCUAGCUGCUACCAGGCAGGUCUCACAUUUAUAGCAUCAGACUCAGUUACUGACAAAGAACAAGAUGAACAAAUACAGGAAGCAGAUGGCAGAGCAGUUCCUGAGUCAGGCCCUGGGCAUCAUCUGCCUGCUGACAGGAGAGGAAUACACCAUUGUGAAGAAGAGGCCCUCCCACAGCUGCAUACAACAGUUGAGCGGAGAGGUGCCUAUAAAGCGUGAUGAUGUUGCUGUGUAUUUCUCUAUGGAGGAGUGGGAGUAUAUAGAGGGACACAAGGAGCUUUACAAGGACGUCAUGAUGGAGACUCACCAAGCACUAAGGAAUAUGAAGAUUCCAGGAAAUAAGAGCUCAGAACUAACAGGUCACAGAGAUGAAAAUCUAUACACAGGAGCACAUAGAGUACAGAAUAUUCAGCCAGUGGAGACCGCAUCAGACGUCUCUGCAGAACUAACCGGUCACAGUGAUGAAAAUCUACACACAGGAGCACAUGGAGACCUACAGAAUAUUCAGCCAUCAGAAGUCUCUGCAGAUGUUAAAACGGAAGAUCUGAGUGUAACGUGUCAGCUGGAAGCUCCAAUGCAGGAAAUGUGUGACAGUGACAAUGAAGAUGAAAACGAUGCUAAAAGUUUAUUUAACACAGAACAAACAGAAGAUCUGGGGCUAGCAAAUAUGCCAAAAGCUGCAAAGCAGGAAAUAUGUGACAUUAUAAGUACAGGUGAAAAAGAUGCUAAGAUUUCAUGUAACACGGAACAAACAGAAGAUCAGUGGCUAAGUAAUAUGCCAGAAGCUGCAGAGUUGGAAAUAUGUGACAAUAUAAAUACAGGUGAAAAAGAUGCUAAGAUUUCAUGUAACACUGAACAAACAGAAGAUCAGUGGCUAAGUAAUAUGCCAGAAGCUGCAGAGUUGGAAAUAUGUGACAAUAUAAAAACAGGUGAAUUCAGAAACCACAAUAAUCCUAGUCAUGAUCAGAGUGCAGAUGCUUCUUUAAAUCUUCUUCAUCAUCAAAGAAGCCAAGUGGGAAAUUUAUGUUCUGAAUGUGGAAAAUGUUUUCUCAAGAAAUCACAUCUUUAUACACAUCUGAAAAUUCAUAAAGGAGAAAAGCCAUUUUCCUGUUCUACAUGUGGGACAUGUUUUAACCGUAAAGGGAAUCUUGUUGUUCAUCAGAAAAUUCAUACAGGAGAGAAAGGAUUUUCAUGUUAUGACUGUGGAAAAUGUUUUACUCAGAAAUCAAAUCUUAUUAUGCAUCAGAAAAUUCAUACAGGAGAGAAAGGAUUUUCAUGUUCUGAUUGUGGGAAAUGUUUUAAUCGGAAAUCAAAUCUUAUUAAGCAUCAGAAAAUUCAUACAGGAGAGAGAGCAUUUUCAUGUUCUGAAUGUGGGAAAUGUUUUACCCAGAAACCACAUCUUAUUACGCAUCAGAACAUUCAUACAGGAGAGAGAGGAUUUUCAUGUUCUGACUGUGGGAAAUGUUUUUCUCAGAAAUCAAAUCUUAUUGUGCAUCAGAAAAUUCAUACAGGAGAGAGAGCAUUUUCAUGUUCUGAAUGUGGGAAAUGUUUUACCCGGAAACCACAUCUUAUUCGUCAUCAGAACAUUCAUACAGGAGAGAAAGCAUUUCUUUCAUGUAAUUGGCAAGAGUCCAUGAGCUAGUGACGUAUGGGAUAUACAAUCCUAUCAGGAGGGGCAAAGCUUCCCAAACCUCAAAAUGCCUAUAAA